GCGCACAACCGCACGGCCGCGUAGCUCCGAUCUUGCCGAAAACGCCUUGCGGGGAGGUUGAGCCGCUUGCACAAUGUCUGAAAUGAACGAGCUGUCCGAGCUCUAUGAGGAAAGCAAUGACCUGCAGAUGGAUGUGAUGCCUGGCGAGAGUGACCUUCCGCAGAUGGAGGUAGGCGGCGGGAGCCGGGAGCCAUCCCUGAACCCCUCCCGCGCCGGGGCCCAGCCACAGCUGGAGGAGGAAGGCCCGAUGGAGGAGGAGGCCGCCCAGCCAAUGGCGGAGCCGCUGGGGCAGCGAGGCCUCGCUAGCCGGCCCGGCCCUGGGGAGCAGCCAGGCCAGAUCGCGGGCCCUGAUUUCGAGAGCGAGGACGAGGGCGAGGAAUUCGAUGACUGGGAGGACGACUACGACUAUCCGGAAGAGGAGCAGCUGAGUGGUGCAGGCUACAGAGUAUCAGCGGCCCUUGAAGAAGCCAACAAGAUGUUUUUGAGAACCUCCAGAGCAAGAGAAGCAGCUCUGGAUGGCGGGUUUCAGAUGCAUUAUGAGAAGACCCCGUUUGAUCAGUUGGCUUUUAUCGAAGAGCUUUUUUCACUCAUGGUUGUCAAUCGUCUGACCGAAGAGCUCGGCUGUGAUGAGAUUAUUGAUAGAGAGUAGUUAAACGCUGUGAAGAGAGGAGGAAACUACUUGAGGAGAGACCUGGCAUUCCACUGUCUCUUGGGUUCAUUCCAAAUAGUUCCGUGCCAAUGAAAAACUUGGUCUUCAAAAAAAAAAAAUUUUUUUUUUUGUAGAAUAAAGUAGCGACUGCACAGUUAUGAAAAAGGAAAUUGUUAAAGAAAAAGGAUCUAAAUACUGUCGAAACCUGUUUUCAAGAAUGUCCUGAAACAUUUAUGGCUUUGACUUUGUUAUUGAUCCAGAUUAAUUUCCUUGCAUUGAGGAAAAUAUAUGUUCCUGUAAGGGAUGGCUUUGCAAGAGCAAAAGACUCUGGUUGAACUUCAUAAUGUAAGAACUGUUAAGUGAAAAUUGUCCAGUAAAAGGAAAGCCCUACACCUAAAAAAGACUUCAUGAACAACCCUUAAAGGUUUUAAACCUGCCCAGAAAUCCACCUCGGUAUCUGAAGUUUCCCUCUGUCUCCUCCUCUAAUUAAGCUUGUUAGUGGUUAUGCACCAGCAUUGGGGAUAAUAAAAAUUUCUUGUUCUGUGUA